AUGGCACACCGCUUCGCCAGAAUAAUUUGCAGUUUUCACGAACAGCAGAGCGAAGAGGAUAAGUUCGGGAAAGUGGUGGCGCUCGCAUAAGUUGGUUAAAGUUAAACUGUUCAAAGAGGAAAUUUGUUUUUGCAACUAGGUGAGAGUUGGCUAUAUAACGCGCUUUAGAACAAGCCGUGUCUAGUUAGGAAUCUUUCCUUUUUUCUUUUUUUUUUUUUGCGAAACCUUAUUUCGUGUUGCUGGUUAUUAUAUGCUCGCGGUCAAAUUGUGCAUAAUAACCGGAAGAUUUAAAUUUGAGAGAAGGUUACACAGAGAAAGGAUUAAAUUGUUUGGAAACCCGUCACGGACAAAUAGCAGGGAAUUUAAUGUAGAAAAUUUGAAAAUUUGUUUAAGAGUUUAGAAUAUUAUUUUAUUUGUUUAAGAGUUUAGAAUAUAAAUUUAUUAAGAAUUGUUAAAAAGAUUUACUACAGAAGAAGAAAAUUGUCGUAGCAUUAUACUGAAAAUUGAUGAAAUACAUUGGAUAAUUAGUAUUCAGAUCUAUAUUGAGAUUUUGGGUGUAUAUACUAACGCAAUUAUACGUUAGAUUAUAUCAUCGGGGUUUUUAUUUUACGUAUAAAAUCUGACGGUAAACACGCUAAAAUGAGAUUUCAUUGGAAUUCAUGGGGAAAUUUUAUGUUUACUGAAAUAACUUCAAUAUUUGAACAAGUUUGACUUCUUGGUAUAAUAUUACAGUUAAAAAUUUAAUACGCGUUCUUAAUGAGUUUAAUUGAGUUUGAUUUAAGAGUUUGGGAUUUAACUAUUGAACGAAUGGAGUUUUCACAGUAAGUUGUUAAUCGAAUGUUACUUUGAAGUCCAGUAGAAAUUAUUACUACGUUUAACUUCCACUGUUUAACAAAUUUUUUUACAUGUAAUAACAUGAAAGUAUCAAAAACAGAUUUCAUUUGAAUUCCUUCGAAUCAAAAACACAUGUACGAGAGUUGAAAUCGAGCGCUGUGUUUAUCAAGUUCUCGGCGAAUGAACCGAAAACUGACUGGAAAUAGAAAUUAUCCGAUGUCAGUUUCGAUCUCGUGUAGAAUUUAACAAAGUUUCAGGACAAUCUGAAUUUUGAAGGAAGCGAAGUUUUCUUGUUAGCCUGAAAGCAGCUCAAGAUUCAUAUUCAAUAUUUAGCACCACUCUUCAAAGAGUAACUAAUAACUGCAAGAAGUUGCAUCGAAUUUAGAAAAAAAAAAAGACUGAAAAUAUCAUCGUUAAAAUUAAUGUACUUAUACUAUAUUUGGAUAUUUAUCCAAAUUCAAAGAAAAAUUAUACUGCUUUACUGUCACUUAACGGUUGAAGAGAAAUAUUCCGUUACGAAAUAGCGAAAGAAAGAAUCUUCGUGAAAAUUGAACAAUACUGGUAAUCAGUCAUUAUAUCCAUUUCAAUUCACAAGUAGUUUCGUUUAUAUUUUGUUCAAAUGUUCGAGAGAUAAUCUAACGUGCUUAAAAUUUGACAAGCCAAAAUUUCCUUCCUCCGUAAUACUAUCUUAUAGUGACACUUUGUGUUCUUUUUUUUUUUCUUUUCAGUAAAGCCACUGGUCGUGCAGAUUUUGACGAAGGAGCCUCGAGUUUCCGCUGACAAGAACUACGAUGUGGAGUGCAGGACAAGUGGUUCUAGACCAGAAGCAGUAAUUACUUGGUGGAAGGCGGAAAAGCAGAUUAAGAAAAUGGCGCAAAACGUAAGCUUUGUCGAGGAUAAAUUCCCAACAAUUUCCAACGAGUACCCGCUGGAAAAUAACGAGAGCCUCAGCGUGCUGAGUUUCGUGCCAAGCAUCGACGACGAUGGCAAAUACUUAACUUGUCGGGCGGAGAAUCUUGCUAUUCCUGGCAGCGCUUUGGAGGACAAGUGGAGACUGGACGUGCAAUAUCAGCCGGUAGUCACUUUGAAGAUGGGAAAGACCUUGAAUCCCGAUGAUAUCAAAGAGGGUGACGACGUCUACUUCGAGUGCUCGGUUAAGGCCAAUCCGAAAGUGUACAAGCUUGCCUGGUUCAAAGACGGCAAGGAGCUGAAAAACAAUGCCACGGCAGGUAUCGUUCUCAGCGAUCAUUCUCUAGUUCUUCAGCGUAUAACUCGAUACUCGGCGGGUGAUUACACUUGUCUUGUUGCCAACAGCGAAGGGAAAACUGCCAACACGCCAGUUUGCAAGGAGGGCAGAAGCGAGGUAGUCGUUGGCGCGCUGAAGCAGGAAACCGUAUCGCUGGUUUGUUCCGUGGAGAGCCACCCGGCCCCGUUGAUUUUCCACUGGACAUUCAAUAAUUCCGGCGAAUUGGUGGAGGUGCCUCAUUCUCGUUACUCUCAUAUGGUGGCGGCGGUCGGCACGCCGUCCGUUGCCGAAAGCUUGAAGGAGUAUCCACAGUUCCACGGGUCCAGGCUGAACUACACACCCGCAACGGAAAUGGACUACGGCACGGUAGCGUGCUGGGCGAGCAACCAGGUUGGCAAGCAACGAACGCCAUGUCUCUUUCAGGUGAUAGCCGCAGGACGUCCGUACGCUCUGCACAACUGCAGCACGACGGAAAUGUCCGCGCCUUUGGACGCGGAGGAACUGAACGCCAAGUCCGGGACAGGACUGAUCGUUCGCUGCUUGGAGGGUUACGACGGUGGCCUUCCGAUCCACAGCUACCAGCUGGAAGUGGUGGCGGACGAGGACGGUGGGCCAAUUUUAUUGAACAAAACCGUGCCUGCCAGCCCGAACGGGCCGACUUUCGAGGUGGCAGGCCUAACGACAGGAAGGAGUUAUCGACUUUUUCUGUACGCGAUUAAUGCAAAGGGGAGGAGCGAGCCUGCCAUUCUCGAGCCAGUGACCCUGAAGGGUGUCGCCAUGUACACGACCGGAAGAUUUUGUCCUGGAAAUCUGCAAUUCAUGAAUCCUCAUAAUCCCCUAAGGGGUUGUUUACAAGAACCAGCGCAAGCCACCGGAAUAUGUAACAAGAUAGACCAAUUCUCUGCGUAUUAUAAAAUACGAUUCUAUAAUCUGCACAUAUGCUACAUUAUCAUUGUCCUCUUAUCGAAAUGUCGUUUGCACGAUAAUUAG